AUGACUGUAACUUCAAUGCUUGCAGUUUCUUAUCUGAAGUUACAGAGACUUUCUCAUCAGCCAAAAGUAAUUCAAGAAGGUAGAAGAUGUAGAGGGAAGAUUGCCAUUAGCACAAUAACACCAUUAGAAGGUAACAAAACUUUUAUUAUAUCCCCAUACUUUGAUGACAGAGAAAGCAAAGUCACUCGUGUGAUUGGGAUUGUUCACCAUGAAGAUGUAAAACAACUGUACUGCUGGUUCUGCUGUCAGGUCAAUGGAAAAAUAUAUGUAUCAAAAGCAAAAAUUGAUGUUCACUCAGAUAGAUUUGGAUUCCCUUAUGGUGCUACAGAUAUAGUUUGUUCGGAACCUAAAAAUUGUGAUCCAACACAUGUAUCAAUUCAUCAGUCUCCAUAUGGAAAUAUUGACCAGCUGCCAAGCUUUGAAAUUAAAAAUCGCAAGCCUGAGACCUUUUCUGUUGACUUCACUGUGUGCAUUUCUGCCAUGUUUGGAAACUACAACAAUGUCUUGCAGUUUAUACAGAGUAUGGAAAUGUAUAAGAUUCUUGGAGUACAGAAAGUGGUGAUCUAUAAGAACAACUGCAGCCAUCUGAUGGAGAAAGUCUUGAAGUUUUAUAUAGAAGAAGGAACUGUUGAGGUAAUUCCCUGGCCAAUAAACUCACACCUCAGGGUUUCUUAUUCAUGGCGCUUCUUGCAAGAUGGGACACACAUUGGCUACUACGGACAAAUCACAGCUCUAAAUGACUGUAUAUACCGUAACAUGGAAAGGAGCAAGUUUGUGGUCCUUAAUGAUGCUGAUGAAAUAAUUCUUCCCCUUAAACACCCAGACUGGAAAACAAUGAUGAACAGUCUUCAGAAGCAAAACCCAGGGGCUAGUGUUUUCCUCUUUGAGAACCAUAUCUUCCCAGAAACCGUAUCUUCUCACACAUUCAACAUUUCAUCUUGGAAUACUGUGCCAGGUGUUAACAUAUUACAGCAUGUAUACAAAGAACCUGUCAGGACUAAGGUAGAGAAUCCCAGGAAAAUGAUAGUUGAUCCACGAAAGGUGAUUCAGACUUCAGUCCAUUCUGUCCUACGUGCUUUUGGGAAGAGUGUGUAUGUUCCUGUGGAUGUUGCCCUCAUUUAUCACUGUCGGAAGGGCCUUCAAGGAAACCUUCCCAGAGAAUCUCUCAUCAGGGAUACAACACUGUGGAGAUAUAACUCAUCAUUAAUCAUGAAUGUUAACAAGGUUCUAUCUCAAACCAUGCUGCAAACUCAAAAUUGAGAUCUCAGUUAUAAGGAGUGAAAGUGGAGGGCUACCUGUACUGUGGGAAGACAGAGGAUAUAAUUUAAAAAUCACAUUACAUUGAUUUUCACAUGGAGUCAACAUUUUUCUGCAAUUAUUUAGGGAAUAUAUAGCAAAGCCAUGAAUCACUUAAUGAUAACAAGGGUCAAUGCAGAUUGCAGCAUCUCCUCUGGGAAAUGUACAAUUUGUUUUCAGUUAAUAAUAAAAAUCAGUAUUUGUCAACUGAUUCAAAUAAUGCAAAUAGUUUUCAACCUAUGUACAAAAAGUACAAAUACAAUCAUUAGUAUUAAAGGUA